AGUAUAUGUAGUUCUUGCAACACCGAACCCUGCAUGCUGAUGCUGUUUCUUUACUAUCAAUAACCGCCACGUAAUUUUCCUUCAUUACCAGUGAACACACCUUCUUGCCCCGACAACCAUGGCGGUGGACAAAAAAGAUACUGUACCAAUACCGCAGCCGGCGGGCUGGCCACUCGUUGGCAACAUUACCGAUGUUGACCCCGAGCUGCCCAUUCUAUCGUUGACGAACCUUGCAAAGACGUAUGGGGAGAUAUUCUCCUUGACGACCUUUGGAAGGCGUCGUGUCUUCAUCAGCACUCAAAAGCUGCUCAAUGAAAUCUGCGACGAGAAAAGGUUCGGCAAGCUUGUAUCAGCAGGCCUCUCACAGCUCCGGAAUGGCACCCAUGACGGUCUCUUCACCGCACAGAAUGAUGAAACCAAUUGGCAUCUUGCCCAUCGGAUUCUCGUUCCCGCAUUCGGCCCUCUUAACAUUACAGCCAUGUUCGACGAUAUGAAGGACAUCGCGAGCCAGCUGGUUCUUAAAUGGGCACGAUACGGCCCGGAGUAUGUGAUUCCGACCACAGACGAUUUCACCAAGCUUACCCUCGACACAUUGGCGCUUUGUGCAAUGGAUUACCGCUUCAACAGCUUCUAUACCGAUGAGAUGCACCCUUUCAUCUCUUCAAUGACCAACUUCUUGCGCAUUGGUGCUGCGCGUGCUGCGCGUCCUCCAUAUAUGGGCUCUUUCUACAAGCAGGAAGACGCACAAUUCUUUAAGGACAUUGAGUACAUGCGAAAGCUAAGUAGUGACAUCGUUGAGCAACGCAAACAGCAUCCCAAGGAGGUCAAGGAUCUCCUGAAUGCGAUGACACUAGGCAAAGACCCGAAAACUGGCCAAAACCUUAGCAACGAGACCGUCAUAGACAACAUGAUCACCUUCCUUAUCGCGGGCCACGAGACCACCAGCGGGCUGCUCAGUUUCUUGUUCUACUAUUUGCUGAAACAUCCAGAGGCAUACCGCAAAGCACAGGACGAAGUCGAUCGCGUAAUAAAAAGCGAUAGUAUCGAAGCACACCACUUAAACGAACUUCCAUACAUUACAGCCUGCUUGCGGGAGACACUACGUCUGGAACCCACCGCCCCUGCAUUUUCGGUUUCGCCCCACAACAAGCAGGGAGAUGUCAUUGGGGGCAAGUAUUUUGUCGAUCAUGGGGUACCUAUUGUUGCCGUCCUCCCAUCAGUGCAUCGAGACCCUACGGUCUACGGUGACGACGCAGAGCAGUGGAAGCCAGAACGAAUGCUUGACGACAAUUUCAACGGCUUACCGCCAAACAGCUGGAAACCCUUCGGCAACGGCGCCAGAGGCUGCAUCGGGCGGCCGUUCGCAUGGCAGGAGGCUAUGAUGGUUACGGCUAUGCUUCUUCAAUACUUCGACUUCAGCCUAGACGACUCACAGUAUGAGCUGCAAAUCAAGUCAACAUUGACCAUCAAGCCAAAAGACUUCUCCAUACGAGCCAAGCUCCGCGAAGGCUGGACGGCUACCAAAGUCGAGCAAAGUCUGGCCGGCUCUGUACGAGGUGCUCAGCGCACGCUCCAUCAGCCAUCCGCCGCUGAAAAGGAAGUCGACGGCUCUCCGAUGACCAUAUUGUACGGCAGCAACAGUGGGACGUGCGAAGCUUUCGCGCAAACACUUGCCGCUGAUGCUGGGGCACACGGUUUCAUGGCGAAGGUAGCGACACUGGACUCGGCUAAAGCGAGUCUACCAACUAGGGAGCCUGUGGUAAUCGUGACGGCAAGCUAUGAAGGGCAGCCUACAGACAACGCCGCCCACUUCUAUGACUGGCUGCAAAAUUUGAAAGACAGCGAGAAGGUGGAGACGAGCUUUGCUAUCUUCGGCUGCGGACACUCGGACUGGAAGCAGACGUUCCAUCGCAUUCCCAACAGUAUCGACAACCUGCUUGAGAAGCAUGGCGGUCAGCGCAUGUGUGAACGUGGAAACGCCGAUGCAGCCAAGGGAGACAUGAUGUCCGCUUUCCAGACAUGGGAGGACGAAAUACUCUGGCCUGCCAUCAAGAGGCGCUUUGGCGGGAAAGACGCCGACGAAGGCGCUGAAGCCUCACCGCAGAGCCAAAACCUCUCGAUCGCCGUAUCCAACCACCGUGCUUCUAAGCUACGAGCUGGCGUAUCGGAAGCGAAGGUGAUCGCGACGAGAACUCUCACUGCGCCUGGUGAACCAGAGAAGCGACACAUCGAACUGCAAUUGCCGUCCGACAUGACUUACAGGGCUGGAGAUUAUCUGGCAGUGCUUCCGCUGAACCCUGAAGAAACUGUGCAUCGCGUGGUAUUGAGAUUCCACUUACCCUGGGACGCUAUGUUGACCAUCUCCAGCAAAAGUAGCACAGCUCUACCUACCGAGCACCCAAUAAGCGCACACAAUCUGUUCUCAGCCUAUGUUGAGCUUAGCCAACCCGCUACGAAGCGCAACUUGAUCAUGCUUAUGGAAGCCAGCAAAGACGAGCAAACGAAGAAGGAGCUACGCCAAAUCCACGACGGCGACUUCGAUGCAGAGAUCACAGAGAAGCGCGUUUCACUGCUCGACCUUCUUGAGCGCUACUCCGACAUUGAACUGCCACUUGGUGCGUUCGUAGGCUCACUGAUCACCAUGAGAGUGCGGCAGUACAGCAUCAGCUCCUCUCCGUUGGCGGACCCGCAAAAGGUGUCGCUGACCUACGCCAUCCUAGAGGACGAAGCACUUAGCGGCCAGGGACGCCAUAUCGGCGUAGCUAGCCACUACCUCUCGCUUCUCAAGCCGGGCGACAUCGUUCAUGUUGCCGUGAAGCAGAGCCAUCAAGCCUUCCACCUCCCGACCGAUGCAGAGAAGACACCGGUGGCUAUGUUCUGCGCUGGGACUGGCCUUGCGCCUUUCCGCUCCUUCGUGCAAGAGCGUGCGGCUCAGAUCGGAGCCGGGCGUGCCCUUGCUCCCGCCCAUCUAUACAUCGGCUGCAGGCAUCCGGAAAAAGAUCGUUUGUAUGCAGACGAGCUUUCGAGGUGGGAGAAGAUGGGAGCUGUUACGUUGCACUACGCUUUCAGUCAGGCUCCGGAGAAGAGCAACGGGCACAAGCACGUCGAUGAUGCGAUGCGCGCGGAUGCGAAGAUGCUGUUGGGUUUGUGGGAUGAGGGCGGUCGUGUCUACGUUUGUGGAAGUAAAGGGCUGGGUGAAUCGGUAAAGAAGACGUGCCUCGAAUUAUCCAAGAUGUGGCAGAAGGAGCAUGGGUACGAUAGCAACGAAGAAGAAGCCGAGGAGAGAGCGAAUAAGUGGUUUGACAAGGUUAGGAACGAGAGGUACAGCACCGAUGUUUUCACGUAG